AUGUCUGAAUCACUGGAUAUCCACGUGUUGUUUGCUGAAGAAAUACCGUCUGAUAUUAGUCACCAAAGGAAUGGGCAGAUUAAUCUUGUGAUGGGCUCUGUUCAUGUUAAGAACAAGUAUUAG